AUGUACGUGCUGGGAUACGCUGUCGGGCCUGUGCUGCUGGCUCCCCUGUCCGAAUACUACGGCCGCCAGCCUGUAUAUCUGAUUUCGUGGUUCCUCGUCUGUCUGUUCCAGCUGCCACUCGCCCUGGCGCCCAAUAUCGGCACCAUGAUCAUCUGUCGACUGCUGGCAGGGCUAGCAGGUGGCGCACCCUUGACCAACACCGGAGGCACCGUGAGUGAUCUGUGGGAGCGCAAUGCCAGCGGACUCCCCAUGGCCGUCUACGGACUCAGCAGCACAUUUGGGCCCCCGAUGGCGCUCGUCGUGACCGGCUAUAUCGGACUCGACCUGGGAUUCCGCUGGAUCUUCUGGAUCCUCAUGAUCAUCACCGGCUUCUUCUGGGUGCUACUCGCCAUCACCGUCCCAGAAACCCGGCACAGCAUCAUCCUCCAGCGCAAGGCCGCGCGAGCCAGGAAGAAGAUGCGCCAUGAAGGACUCGCAUCGGCCUCGACAACAGCAGACCUGCACGUCUCGCAGCGCCAGAGCCUGCACCAGCUCUUCCGCAUCACCCUGUCCCGCCCAUUCUACUUCCUCUUCACAGAGCCCAUCACCCUCUUCUCAGCCCUGUACAACGGCUUCCUAUACGGCCUGGUCUACCUCUUCAACGAAGCCUUCCCGCUCGUCUUCGGCUCCCCCAACGGCCACGGCUUCAACGUCGGCCAGCAAGGCCUCGCCUUCCUCGGUCUCGCCAUCGGGCCUCUCCUCGCCUUCUCCCUCUCCCCCCUCCAAGAGCGAUACUACCUCCGCCGCGUCGCCCAAAACAACGGAAAAUCCGUCCCAGAAGCACGCAUGUGGAUGGCCCGCGCCGGCGCCCUCCUCAUCCCAAUCAGCCUGUUCUGGUUCGGCUGGACAAGCUACAAAUCCGUGCACUGGAUCGUGCCCAUCGUCGCAUCCUCCUUCUUCGGCGCAGGCCUGUACAUCGUCAUCCUCAGUAUCCUGAACUACGUCGUGGACGGGUAUCAAACGUACUCAGCCUCCGCGCUGGCGGGGGUGAUCCUAAUGCGGAAUCUCGUCGGCGCCGGGUUCCCGCUCUUCGCGACACAGAUGUAUACCACGCUAGGCUAUGAAUGGGCCAGCAGUCUCUUGGGGUUUCUGGCGAUUCUCCUCGUGCCGAUUCCGUUUGUGUUCUUUUAUAAGGGCGAGGCGAUUCGGUUGAGGAGUCCGUGGGCCCGUGAGCAUUUUGAUUCUGAGGAGGAUGCGACGCACUGA